AAAGGUUGGAGAUCACUGCCCUAAACAAUAUAGUAUAACAAGUAUUUACAUAGCAUUUACAUUGUAUUAGGUGUUGUCUGGAGAGGAGUUAAAGUACACAGGAGGGUGUGUGUAGGUUAUGUGCAAAUACUACACCAUUGUGUACCAGGAACUUGGGGAUCUAUGGAUUUUGGUAACCACAGGGGGCCCUGGAACCAAUCCCCCAGAGAUAUCAGGGGACAACUGUGUUCGUUUACUUAUCAGACGGCACUAGAGGCUCUGAAUCUUUUGAGGAUCAGAACAUUAUCUUACCUUGCUAGUAAGAGUAUUUAACAUAGUCUCUGGCAUUUUGUGGUGUUUAGUGAACUUUACUCUGAACAUUUUCUCUCAGCUUUGAUAUAGUUACUUUGCUUGUUUCAGUCAUGUCCAGCUUGUGUACAAAUCUUAGCUUUGCAGGCUUUUCUGAUUCUUUUAAUUUCUACAUUUGCCUCUUGCUUUAACAUUUCAGUUUUUAUUUUUAUUUUUGAGUGGCGGAUGAUUGGUAUAACUACAUGUAUACAGUUGUCCCUUGGUAUCCAUGGAAGAUUGGUUCUAGGACCCUUCAGGAUACCAAAAUCCAUGGAUGCUCAAGUCCUUUGUAUAAAAUGCCAUAGUAUUUGCAUAUAACCAACGAAUAUCUUCCCAUGUACUUCAAAUCAUCUCCAGAUUACUUAUAAUACCCAGUGCAGUAUAAAUGCUAGGUAAAUAGUUGUUAUGUUGCAUUGUUUAGGGAAGUGACGAGAAAAAAUGUACAUGUUCAAUAUAGAUGCAACCAUCCAUUUUUUAAAAGAAAUAUUUUUGAUCCCCUAUUGGUUGAAUCUAUGGAUAUAGAACUCAUGGAUUCAGAGGCUCACUGUAAAUACAUGGUUUAUGUUUUUAGAAAAGUUUUCUUGAUAUUUGAGACUGGUAAAGAGUCACAGUGUUUUCAGAUCUGGUCAAUGGCCUGACUCUUUCACUUGCAUAGAUGAGGAAACUGAAAACCAGUAGGUUCAGAUCCUUUGGUCCUUCACAGACUAGGAUUAACACCCAGAUUCCCUGACCCUUAGUCCACUUCUUUUUUCAUUUUAUCUUGAUGACUGUAGUUCCACUUUGCUUCAGCUCAUUUUCUGCUUUAUAACUUUCACGUGGAAACUUCUGUUUUUACUCCAGCAGGUUCAGAAUACUUAAAAUGAUAGUAAAAUAAAUUACUGAAUAAUCCUAAUCUAGUGUGCUAUUGCUAGAGUCAGGAUACUUCUUGGGUACAUAAAAGAGUAACAUAAUUCAUACCUUCAAAUAACUUGAAAUUCAGAACAGAGAAUGGAAGAAUAAACAGAUAAAUUAUAAUGGAUAAAAGUAAUAUUGUAGAGAUAUAAACAAAGUGCUGUGGAAACAUUAAUGGAGUUACUAACGUUGCUUGGAGGAGUUGGGAAGGCUUCAUGGGUAGAUGUCUUGUGAAAGGAGUCUUGAAGAACAAGUAAGUAACUGUUCCAGGAUUAAAAGAGCAGGAAAAGAACAACUUUCCACAGAGGGAUAGCUUGCACAAUGACAAGAGCCACGAGGGAGUGUUUUCAUGGUUUUUUGCCUUAAUGCUAACUAUAGACUACAGUAAAUUAAAUCAACUUUCUUUUUGUAGAAAUCAUUUUUUUUCCCUUAAUUCUAGUAGUACAGUUGACCAUUCAUAUCCUUCAGUUAGGAGGAGUUAAUUACCCCUCCUUGAAGGAGGGUCAGCCUUUGGUUCUGUUCAGGCCUUUGACUGGUUGGUUGAAUGAGGCCCAUCCACAUUAAGGAGAGCAAUCUGUUUAUACAGUAUACUAAUGCAAAUGCUAAUCUCAUUCAAAAACACCCUCACAGACAUUCAGAAUCAUAUUUAAUGAAAUAUAUGGGCACCCUCUGGCCCAGUUAAGUUGACACCUAAAAUUAACCGUCAUAAGGGGUAUGUAUUUUCUCUAUCAACUCUCCCUUUUAUUUGACUGUUGAAAGAUAUAUUGUUAUACCCAUUGCAGAAAAAUUAUAAACUGUGCACAUAGUAGGCAUUUAAUAAAUAUUAAAUGAAUGAAGUACAAAAAUAAAGGAAUGGCUCACUGGCAAAGAAAAAAGAGGACUUUGAGUAUAUUAUACUUCUGAAGAGAAGGUAAAGAUGAAUACAUGAAAAUUAACAUUAACGUUUGGCAUUUACUUUUAUUUUCAGUAGUCUUUGAGAUGAAUGAUGAACUUUUUAAGGAUAUUAGUGUUUUGCAUUUAUAAAAAAUGAAAUUUAUAUACAAAUAAUCAAUUUUUUAUGAGAGCAAAAAACUAUGACUUUGAAAAUCAGUACAAGUGGUUUUUUUUUUCUUUUUUUUGGUCAUUAUUCUAGGUUCAUUCCCAGGCUGGCCUGAUUUGUUCAAAGUCUUGAUAUCUUUAUUUUUUCUAGAAGUAAAAUAUAUGUAGCAUAUAAUUUAUUUCAACCCUUUUUAAAAUUUUGUUUUCAAUUGACACAUAAUUGUGUGUAUUUCUGGGGUCUAAUGUGAUGUUUUGAUAGAUGUAUACAUUGUAAAAAUCAAAUUGGGGUACUUAGCAUGUCCAUCACCUCAUCUAUUUAUCAUUUCUUUGUGGUAAGAACACUCAAAAUCUUCUAGUUAUUUUGAAAUACAGAGUGCAAUAUUGUUAAUCAUAGUCACUGUUUAUUUUAACCAUUUUAAAGUGUACAGUUUAGUGGCAUUAAGUGAUUUCACAUUGUUGUUCAGCCAUCAUCAUCAUCCACCUCCAGAAUUUUUUCAUCUUCUCAAACUGAAAUCCUGUGCCCAUUAAAUAGUAACUUCCAUUUCUCCUCUCCCAACCUCAGGUGAUCUGCCUGCCUCGGCCUCCCAAAGUGCUAGGAUUACAGGUGUGAGCUACCGCGUCUGGUCAAAAGUAAUUUCUAUAGGACUCAGAUUAUUUAGUUCUAUUUAAUAUCAUGUAGAAUAUAUACACACAUACACACACAUACAUACACGUGUGUAUAUAUAUACCCACCAUAGUGAUAUUUAUAUAAAAAUUUAUUUUUUCCGUUGCAUUAGUUUUGUUCCUGUAGUAGAGCUACUCUUGAUUCUCUUCUCUUGAAACUUCUCUGUAAUGCUCCACACCCAGCCCUAACCCUGUAUUUUCAUAGUAUUCCAUCUCCUUCAUCUUUAUUACAAAGCUUAAAAUAAUUAAACUGGGAAGACAAUCUUAAAAGAUGAGGGAGGUGAAGAGACUCAGCAGGCCAAGCCAGAAUUCUGGCACAGGAAAAGAAAGAACAGGAACACUCACACAUGUAUAAUUUUUGUUGUGUCACCUAAAAAUCAAUGUAUGGACAACAAAACUAAUUUGUUAUGUAUGAUUAAGCCUGAUGAUUUCACUUCCUUACUAAACAUUCAGCAGUGAUUUUAUCCCAACUCCUCCUUUAUCUAAAGCAAAAUACUUGUAAUUCAUUUGUUUCUUAAGAGAUUGUAAACAUGUUACAUUAAACAAUCUGAAUUUUAAAAUAAAAAAAGAUGGAGCAAAAACUUUUAUCUUUCAUCCUACCUGUCUACUUAUAGGCUUCUAGAGAGCAUGACCAAUAUCUGUUUGAACUUAUUUUAUAUAACAUACAACUUCUGAAGGUAUGUGUUUUUGCUACAACCCCUUUCUUUUUGUAUUUUUAAGAAACAACAUACAAUUUAUUACUUUUAUUAUAGUCCUAGCUUAAAUAACGUACUCAAGGCUUUUCAGUCAUGGAUAUAUUUAUGCCUCUUUUGAGUCUAUUUAUAGCUGUAUUUGUCUCCUUGUUUGCUUCUUGUUCUAAAGUUCUGCUGCUUCUUGUUUGUGUACAGCUUUACUAUCCAGUGUGGAAGCCCAUUUCUUGUGGCUGCUGGUUGGUGGAGAAUUUGACUUGGAGAUGAACUUUAUUAUCCAGGAUGCUGAGAGUAUAACAUGCAUGACAGAGCUUUUGGAGCACUGUGAUGUAACAUGUCAAGCAGAAAUAUGGAGCAUGUUUACAGCCAUUCUACGAAAAAGUGUUCGGAAUUUACAGACUAGCACAGAAGUUGGGCUAAUUGAACAAGUAUUGCUGAAAAUGAGUGCAGUAGAUGACAUGAUAGCAGAUCUUCUAGUUGAUAUGUUGGGGGUUCUUGCCAGCUACAGCAUCACUGUCAAGGAGUUGAAGCUUUUGUUCAGCAUGCUUCGAGGAGAAAGUGGAAUCUGGCCAAGACAUGCAGUAAAAUUAUUAUCAGUUCUUAAUCAGAUGCCACAGAGACACGGUCCUGAUACUUUUUUCAAUUUCCCUGGUUGUAGUGCUGCGGCAAUUGCCUUGCCUCCUAUUGCAAAGUGGCCUUAUCAGAAUGGCUUCACGUUAAACACUUGGUUUCGUAUGGAUCCAUUAAAUAACAUUAAUGUUGACAAGGAUAAACCUUAUCUUUAUUGUUUUCGUACUAGCAAAGGAGUUGGUUACUCUGCUCAUUUUGUUGGCAACUGUUUAAUAGUCACAUCAUUGAAGUCCAAAGGGAAAGGUUUUCAGCAUUGUGUGAAAUACGAUUUUCAGCCACGCAAGUGGUACAUGAUCAGCAUUGUCCACAUUUACAAUCGAUGGAGGAACAGUGAAAUUCGGUGUUAUGUUAAUGGACAACUGGUAUCUUAUGGUGAUAUGGCUUGGCAUGUUAACACAAAUGAUAGCUAUGACAAGUGCUUUCUUGGAUCAUCAGAAACUGCUGAUGCAAAUAGGGUAUUCUGUGGUCAACUUGGAGCCGUGUAUGUGUUCAGUGAAGCACUCAACCCAGCACAGAUAUUUGCAAUUCAUCAGUUAGGACCUGGAUAUAAGAGUACCUUCAAGUUUAAAUCUGAGAGUGAUAUUCAUUUGGCAGAACAUCAUAAACAGGUUUUAUAUGAUGGAAAACUUGCAAGUAGCAUUGCCUUUACAUAUAAUGCUAAGGCCACUGAUGCUCAACUCUGCCUGGAAUCAUCACCAAAAGAGAAUGCAUCAAUUUUUGUGCAUUCCCCACAUGCUCUAAUGCUUCAGGAUGUGAAAGCAAUAGUAACACAUUCAAUUCAUAGUGCAAUUCAUUCAAUUGGAGGGAUUCAAGUGCUUUUUCCACUUUUUGCCCAAUUGGAUAAUCGGCAGCUCAACGACAGUCAAGUAGAAACAACUGUCUGUGCUACUCUUUUGGCAUUCCUGGUUGAACUACUUAAAAGUUCAGUAGCCAUGCAAGAACAGAUGCUGGGUGGAAAAGGCUUUUUAGUCAUUGGCUACUUACUUGAAAAGUCAUCAAGAGUUCAUAUAACUAGAGCUGUCCUGGAGCAAUUUUUAUCUUUUGCAAAAUACCUUGAUGGUUUAUCUCAUGGAGCACCUUUACUGAAGCAGCUUUGUGAUCACAUUUUAUUUAACCCAGCCAUCUGGAUACAUACACCUGCAAAGGUUCAACUUUCCCUGUACACAUAUUUGUCUGCUGAAUUUAUUGGAACUGCUACCAUCUACACCACCAUACGCAGAGUAGGAACAGUAUUACAGCUAAUGCACACCUUAAAAUAUUACUACUGGGUUAUUAAUCCUGCUGACAGUAGUGGCAUUACACCUAAAGGAUUAGAUGGUCCCCGGCCAUCACAAAAAGAAAUUAUAUCACUGAGGGCAUUUAUGCUACUUUUUCUGAAACAGCUCAUACUGAAGGAUCGAGGGGUCAAGGAAGAUGAACUUCAGAGUAUAUUAAAUUACCUACUUACGAUGCAUGAGGAUGAAAAUAUUCAUGAUGUGCUACAGUUACUAGUGGCUUUAAUGUCAGAACACCCAGCGUCAAUGAUACCAGCAUUUGAUCAAAGAAAUGGAAUAAGGGUGAUCUACAAAUUACUGGCUUCUAAAAGUGAAAGUAUUUGGGUUCAAGCUUUGAAGGUUCUGGGAUACUUUCUGAAGCAUUUAGGUCACAAGAGAAAAGUUGAAAUUAUGCACACCCAUAGUCUUUUCACUCUUCUUGGAGAAAGGCUGAUGUUGCAUACAAACACUGUGACUGUCACCACAUACAACACACUUUAUGAGAUCUUGACAGAGCAAGUAUGUACUCAGGUCGUACACAAACCACAUCCAGAGCCAGAUUCUACAGUGAAAAUUCAGAAUCCAAUGAUUCUUAAAGUGGUGGCAACUUUGUUAAAAAACUCUACACCAAGCGCAGAGCUGAUGGAAGUUCGUCGUUUAUUUUUAUCUGAUAUGAUAAAACUUUUCAGUAACAGCCGUGAAAAUAGAAGAUGCUUAUUGCAGUGUUCAGUGUGGCAGGAUUGGAUGUUUUCUCUUGGCUAUAUCAAUCCUAAAAAUUCUGAGGAACAGAAGAUUACUGAAAUGGUCUACAAUAUCUUCCGGAUUCUUUUGUAUCAUGCAAUAAAAUACGAAUGGGGAGGCUGGAGAGUCUGGGUGGAUACGCUGUCAAUAGCCCAUUCCAAGGUCACUUAUGAAGCUCAUAAGGAAUACCUAGCCAAAAUGUAUGAAGAAUAUCAAAGACAAGAAGAGGAAAACAUUAAAAAAGGAAAGAAAGGGAAUGUGAGCACCAUCUCUGGUCUUUCAUCACAGACAACGGGAGCAAAAGGUGGAAUGGAAAUUCGAGAGAUAGAAGAUCUUUCACAAAGCCAGAGCCCAGAAAGUGAGACCGAUUACCCUGUCAGCACAGAUACUCGAGACUUACUCAUGUCAACAAAAGUGUCAGAUGAUAUUCUUGGAAAUUCAGAUAGACCAGGAAGUGGUGUACAUGUGGAAGUACAUGAUCUUUUAGUAGAUAUAAAAGCAGAGAAAGUGGAAGCAACAGAAGUAAAGCUCGAUGAUAUGGAUUUAUCACCGGAGACUUUAGUAGGUGGAGAGAAUGGUGCCCUUGUGGAGGUUGAAUCUCUGUUGGAUAAUGUAUAUAGUGCUGCUGUUGAGAAACUCCAGAACAAUGUACAUGGAAGUGUUGGUAUCAUUAAAAAAAAUGAAGAAAAGGAUAAUGGUCCGUUGAUAACAUUAGCGGAUGAGAAAGAAGACCUUCCCAAUAGUAGUACAUCAUUUCUCUUUGAUAAAAUACCCAAACAGGAAGAAAAACUACUUCCUGAACUUUCUAGCAAUCACAUUAUUCCAAAUAUUCAGGACACACAAGUGCAUCUUGGUGUUAGUGAUGAUCUUGGAUUGCUUGCUCAUAUGACCGGUAGUGUAGACUUAACUUGUACAUCUAGUAUAAUAGAAGAAAAAGAGUUCAAAAUCCACACAACUUCAGAUGGAAUGAGCAGUAUUUCUGAAAGAGACUUAGCGUCAUCAGCUAAGGGGCUGGAGUAUGCUGAAAUGACUGCUACAACUCUGGAAACUGAGUCUUCUAGUAGCAAAAUUGUACCAAAUAUUGAUGCAGGAAGUAUAAUUUCAGAUACUGAAAGGUCUGACGAUGGCAAAGAAUCAGGAAAAGAAAUCCGAAAAAUCCAAACAACUACUACGACACAAGCUGUGCAGGGUCGGUCUAUCACCCAACAAGACCGAGAUCUCCGAGUUGAUUUAGGAUUUCGAGGAAUGCCAAUGACUGAAGAACAGCGGCGCCAGUUUAGCCCAGGUCCACGGACUACAAUGUUUCGUAUUCCUGAGUUUAAAUGGUCUCCAAUGCACCAGCGGCUUCUCACUGAUUUGCUAUUUGCAUUAGAAACUGAUGUACAUGUCUGGAGGAGCCAUUCCACAAAGUCUGUAAUGGAUUUUGUCAAUAGCAAUGAAAACAUUAUUUUUGUACAUAACACAAUUCACCUCAUUUCCCAAAUGGUAGACAACAUCAUCAUUGCUUGUGGAGGAAUUUUACCUUUGCUCUCUGCUGCUACAUCACCAACUGUCUGUUGUCUGUUUUGUCUAAUGCAUGUCCAGGGUUCUAAGACGGAAUUGGAAAAUAUUGAAGUGACACAAGGCAUGUCAGCUGAGACAGCAGUAACUUUCCUCAGCCGGCUGAUGGCUAUGGUUGAUGUACUUGUGUUUGCAAGCUCUCUAAAUUUUAGUGAGAUUGAAGCUGAGAAAAACAUGUCUUCUGGAGGUUUAAUGCGACAGUGCCUAAGAUUAGUUUGUUGUGUUGCUGUGAGAAACUGUUUAGAAUGUCGGCAAAGACAGAGAGACAGGGGAAAUAAAUCUUCCCAUGGAAGCAGUAAACCUCAGGAAGUUCCCCAAAGUGUGACUGCCACAGCAGCUUCGAAGACUCCAUUGGAAAAUGUUCCAGGUAACCUUUCUCCUAUUAAGGAUCCUGAUAGACUUCUUCAGGAUGUUGAUAUCAAUCGCCUUCGUGCUGUUGUCUUUCGGGAUGUGGAUGAUAGCAAACAGGCACAGUUCUUAGCUCUGGCUGUUGUUUACUUCAUUUCGGUUCUGAUGGUUUCCAAGUAUCGUGACAUAUUAGAACCCCAGAGAGAGACUACAAGAACUGGAAGCCAACCAGGUAGAAACAUCAGACAAGAAAUAAAUUCACCAACAAGUACAGUUGUGGUCAUACCAUCUAUCCCUCAUCCAAGUUUGAACCAUGGAUUCCUUGCCAAGUUAAUUCCUGAGCAGAGCUUUGGCCACUCAUUUUACAAAGAAACACCUGCUGCAUUUCCAGACACUAUAAAAGAAAAGGAAGCACCAACUCCUGGUGAAGAUAUUCAGCCAGAAAGUUCAAUUCCCCAUACAGAUUCAGGAAUUGGAGAGGAGCAAGUGGCUAGCAUUCUGAAUGGGGCAGAAUUAGAAACAAGUACAGGCCCUGAUGCCAUGAGUGAACUCUUAUCCACUUUGUCAUCCGAAGUGAAGAAAUCACAAGAGAGCUUAACUGAAAAUCCCAGUGAAACGUUGAAGCCUGCACCAUCCAUAUCUAGCAUUAGUCAAACCAAAGGCAUCAAUGUCAAGGAAAUACUGAAAAGUCUCGUGGCUGCUCCAGUUGAAAUUGCAGAAUGUGGCCCUGAACCUAUCCCAUACCCAGAUCCAGCAUUGAAGAGAGAAGCGCAAGCUAUUCUUCCUAUGCAGUUUCAUUCCUUUGACAGGAGUGUUGUGGUGCCUGUAAAGAAGCCACCUCCAGGUAGUUUAGCUGUAACCACUGUGGGAGCCACUACUGCUGGAAGUGGGCUGCCAACAGGCAGUACCUCUAAUAUAUUUGCUGCUACUGGAGCUACACCAAAAAGUAUGAUUAAUACAACAGGUGCCGUGGAUUCAGGGUCCUCCUCCUCUUCCUCCUCUUCUAGUUUUGUGAAUGGUGCUACCAGCAAAAACCUUCCAGCUGUACAAACAGUUGCUCCAAUGCCAGAAGAUUCAGCUGAAAAUAUGAGCAUCACUGCAAAACUUGAAAGAGCUUUAGAAAAAGUUGCUCCUCUUCUUCGUGAAAUUUUUGUAGACUUUGCCCCAUUCCUAUCUCGUACACUUCUUGGCAGUCAUGGACAAGAGCUAUUGAUAGAAGGCCUUGUUUGUAUGAAGUCCAGCACAUCUGUGGUUGAGCUUGUUAUGCUGCUUUGUUCUCAGGAAUGGCAAAACUCUAUUCAGAAGAAUGCAGGACUUGCAUUUAUUGAGCUCAUCAAUGAAGGAAGAUUACUGUGCCAUGCUAUGAAGGACCAUAUAGUUCGUGUUGCAAAUGAAGCUGAGUUUAUUUUGAACAGACAGAGAGCCGAAGAUGUACAUAAACAUGCAGAGUUUGAGUCACAGUGUGCCCAGUAUGCUGCUGAUAGAAGAGAGGAAGAAAAGAUGUGUGACCAUCUGAUCAGUGCUGCAAAACAUCGAGACCAUGUAACAGCAAAUCAGCUGAAACAGAAGAUUCUCAAUAUUCUCACAAAUAAACAUGGUGCUUGGGGAGCAGUUUCUCAUAGCCAAUUGCAUGAUUUCUGGCGUUUGGAUUACUGGGAAGAUGAUCUUCGUCGAAGGAGACGAUUUGUUCGCAAUGCAUUUGGCUCCACUCAUGCUGAGGCAUUGCUCAAAGCUGCAAUAGAAUAUGGCACGGAAGAAGAUGUAGUAAAGUCAAAGAAAACAUUCAGAAGUCAAGCAAUAGUGAACCAGAAUGCAGAGACAGAACUUAUGCUGGAAGGAGACGAUGAUGCAGUCAGUCUGCUACAGGAGAAAGAAAUCGACAACCUUGCAGGCCCAGUGGUUCUCAGCACCCCUGCCCAGCUCAUCGCUCCCGUGGUGGUGGCCAAGGGGACUCUCUCCAUCACCACGACAGAAAUCUACUUCGAGGUAGAUGAGGAUGAUUCCGCCUUCAAGAAGAUCGACACUAAAGUUCUUGCAUACACUGAGGGACUUCACGGAAAAUGGAUGUUCAGCGAGAUACGAGCUGUAUUUUCAAGACGUUACCUUCUACAAAACACUGCUCUGGAAGUAUUUAUGGCAAACCGAACCUCAGUUAUGUUUAAUUUCCCUGAUCAAGCAACAGUAAAAAAAGUUGUCUAUAGCUUGCCUCGGGUUGGAGUAGGGACCAGCUAUGGUUUGCCACAAGCCAGGAGGAUAUCAUUGGCCACUCCUCGACAGCUUUAUAAAUCUUCCAAUAUGACUCAGCGCUGGCAAAGAAGGGAAAUUUCAAACUUCGAAUAUUUGAUGUUCCUUAAUACGAUUGCAGGACGGACAUAUAAUGAUCUGAACCAAUAUCCAGUAUUUCCGUGGGUGUUAACCAACUAUGAAUCAGAAGAAUUGGACCUGACUCUUCCAGGAAACUUCAGGGAUCUAUCAAAGCCAAUUGGUGCUUUGAACCCAAAGAGAGCUGUGUUUUACGCAGAGCGUUAUGAGACGUGGGAAGAUGAUCAAAGCCCACCCUACCAUUAUAAUACCCAUUAUUCAACAGCAACAUCUACUUUAUCCUGGCUUGUUCGAAUUGAACCUUUCACAACCUUCUUCCUCAAUGCAAAUGAUGGAAAAUUUGAUCAUCCAGAUCGAACCUUCUCGUCCGUUGCAAGGUCUUGGAGAACUAGUCAGAGAGAUACUUCUGAUGUAAAGGAACUAAUUCCAGAGUUCUACUACCUACCAGAGAUGUUUGUCAACAGUAAUGGAUAUAAUCUUGGAGUCAGAGAAGAUGAAGUAGUGGUAAAUGAUGUUGAUCUUCCCCCUUGGGCAAAAAAACCUGAAGACUUUGUGCGGAUCAACAGGAUGGCACUAGAAAGUGAAUUUGUUUCUUGCCAACUUCAUCAGUGGAUCGACCUUAUAUUUGGCUAUAAGCAGCGAGGACCAGAAGCAGUUCGUGCUCUGAAUGUUUUUCACUACUUGACUUAUGAAGGCUCUGUGAACCUGGAUAGUAUCACUGAUCCUGUGCUCAGGGAGAUUCCAGAAACUUAUUUCAUUAGAGACCCCCAUACGUUCCUUCUUACAAAGGACUUUAUUAAGGCCAUGGAGGCACAGAUACAGAACUUUGGACAGACGCCAUCUCAGUUGCUUAUUGAGCCACAUCCGCCUCGGAGCUCUGCCAUGCACCUGUGUUUCCUUCCACAGAGUCCGCUCAUGUUUAAAGAUCAGAUGCAACAGGAUGUGAUAAUGGUGCUGAAGUUUCCUUCAAAUUCUCCGGUAACCCAUGUGGCAGCCAACACCCUGCCCCACUUGACCAUCCCCGCAGUGGUGACAGUGACUUGCAGCCGACUGUUUGCAGUGAAUAGAUGGCACAACACAGUAGGCCUCAGAGGAGCUCCAGGAUACUCCUUGGAUCAAGCCCACCAUCUUCCCAUUGAAAUGGAUCCAUUAAUUGCCAAUAAUUCUGGUGUAAACAAACGGCAGAUCACAGACCUCGUUGACCAGAGUAUACAAAUCAAUGCACAUUGUUUUGUGGUCACAGCAGAUAAUCGCUAUAUUCUUAUCUGUGGAUUCUGGGAUAAGAGCUUCAGAGUUUAUUCUACAGAAACAGGGAAAUUGACUCAGAUUGUAUUUGGCCAUUGGGAUGUGGUCACGUGCUUGGCCAGGUCUGAGUCAUACAUUGGUGGAGACUGCUACAUCGUGUCCGGAUCUCGAGAUGCCACCCUGCUGCUCUGGUACUGGAGUGGGCGGCACCAUAUCAUAGGAGACAACCCUAACAGCAGUGACUAUCCUGCACCAAGAGCCGUCCUCACAGGCCAUGACCAUGAGGUUGUCUGUGUUUCUGUCUGUGCAGAACUUGGGCUUGUUAUCAGCGGUGCUAAAGAGGGCCCUUGCCUUGUCCACACCAUCACUGGAGAUUUGCUGAGAGCCCUUGAAGGACCAGAAAACUGCUUAUUCCCACGCUUGAUUUCCGUCUCCAGCGAAGGCCAUUGUAUCAUAUACUAUGAACGAGGGCGAUUCAGCAAUUUCAGCAUUAAUGGGAAACUUUUGGCUCAAAUGGAGAUCAAUGAUUCAACACGGGCCAUUCUCCUGAGCAGUGAUGGCCAGAACCUGGUCACCGGAGGGGACAAUGGGGUAGUAGAGGUCUGGCAGGCCUGUGACUUCAAGCAACUGUACAUUUACCCUGGAUGUGAUGCUGGCAUUAGAGCGAUGGACUUGUCCCAUGACCAGAGGACUCUGAUCACUGGCAUGGCUUCUGGUAGCAUUGUAGCUUUUAAUAUAGAUUUUAAUCGGUGGCAUUAUGAGCAUCAGAACAGAUACUGAAGAUAAAGAAAGACCCAAAAGCCAAGUUAAAGCUGAGAGCACAAGUGCUGCAUGGAAAGGCAAUAUCUCUGGUGGGAAAAACUCGUCUGCAUCGACCUCCGUUUGUGCAUUCCAUCACACCCAGCAAUAGCUGUACAUUGUAGUCAGCAACAUUUUACUUUGUGUGUUUUUUCACGACUGAACACCAGCUGCUAUCAAGCAAGCUUAUAUCAUGUAAAUUAUAUGAAAUAGGAGACGUUUUGGUAAUUAUUUCAUAUAUUGUUGUUUAUUGAGAAAAGGUUGUAGGAUGUGUCACAAGAGACUUUUGACAAUUCUGAGGAACCUUGUGUCCAGUUGUUACAAAGUUUAAGCUUUGAACCUAACCUGCAUCCCAUUUCCAGCCUCUUUUCAAGCUGAGAAAAAAAAAAAAAAAAAAACACACGUUUGAUACUUUGUACAUCAGAUGCAUCUUAUUUAAAAGGAAUACUUUUGUAAAAGUAAAACCUUGUAUAAAGAACAAAAUGUUUCUUAAUUUUAUUGUGGAGUUACAACUUGCAUGUUCCUUACUCCUGAUGGCUUGAUGGAACAGGUGCAUUCACACUAUGAAACAGAAAGAUCUGUCCAAGGACACAGCUUGUAUGAAAGGGUUGAAUUUGGGCUCCAUCAGUAAUUUUUGACAUUUUCACCAAAAUAUAGUUUGCACUUUUUAAUCUAAAUUCAUCCCUUCUGAGUGAAAUUUGCUCAUAAAGCAUUUGGAUACUAAGCCAUUAUUUGCCAUUUUGGGUACUUUAUACAAAGAAAAUUCAGCCCUACCCUGCAUAAUUUGAAGACACAGCAGAAAGGGGGCUUAGGGAUGAGGUCCUGGUUUUUCUUGUAUAAAUAGGAGUUAUGAGCGUUAGUUCCGUAGUAAUAACUUCCCAGCACCUGCACAUCUCUUCCAGAGUCAUCCCACUGGCUUGGUGUGUAUACAUCAGGGGAGGAUAAUCUGAUGCUAACUUUUUUUUUUCUCUUUGGUUCUUGAAUAGCUUAGUUUCUUUAAUAACAAGUCAGACUUUAUUACAACAAUAAACUGAAGUUAUUCUUUUAGGUUCUCGUGAAAUUCUCACCGAAAGCCACAUUCUUAGCCUAAGGCACUUCAUCUUUUAUGAUAUUAAAUGAUGGCUAUCAAAUGAUUUUUCCAUACAUUGUACUGAUCAAGUUAAUACACCCAGGGGUAUAUACACUUUCUUCAUGUUUCUUCUUUGUAUAUUUGGUGACUGUAUCGUCAUAGAUGUACAUAUUGUGUCGGUAGGGCUAUGAGGCAUGUUACAGGAAUGUAAUUUUCUCAGAAUUUACCCUCACUUGCAGUCAUUUAUUUAAAAAGAUAAAACAAGAUAAUGGGUUCUUUGUAUUGGCACUUUGCACCGGAAACAUAUCAUUAUUUAUUGAUGUGAUUACUUAUUUGUUAUCCACCUUGUACUAGUAAGUUUUAGCACUGAAUUCCUUCUUCAUUGUUGUUUGUAUUUAUGAAAUUCUGAAAUUAUGGGGAAUCAGCAUAGUGAUUAAGUUAUUCAUCACCAGGCUGUAAAGCAAUAUCUUGAGUUUGUAGCUUAGAAUCGGGAGGACACUGAACAUCUGGAAGACAAGUCCAUUUCAUCUUGAGAUCAUGGUGAAAUAUUUUGGAUAUAUAAAUUCCUUAAGCUAUUGUAACCAUGUUUUAUUGCAAAGAUGUAAAAUAUGCCAGAUGUGUGUGAGUUGGAAAUCAAAAAAAGAAAAAUAAAAUAUGCAAAGAAUUCA